CUCUCUAAUCUCUGGUCGAAUCUGUUUGUUUGCUUUCGUUGGCGCGUGAUUUUCGAUUAAUUCGUCAUUUUGGGAUGGAUUGAUUGCUUCAAUUUUGUGUUUUAGUUCGUAUCGACUUUUAGUUGUUUUUAUCCGUUUAUGAAGUCUCGUUCGUGAUUCCUUUUACCAGUUCUACGAUGUUUGUUUGAUGUGAUUAUCAUCAUCUCCAAUUUGUGCAUGUUGUGCUUCUGAUUUUAGGGGUUUUUGGUUGUUGGUUAUGGAUACAGGUGAAUUGAGUAACCGAGCGAGAGGAUGAUAGCCAAUGGCGACUUCUGAUGGUAAUAAUUACUUGCAUAUUAAGAGAAAAAGUUCCUUCGUGUUUAUAGACAGUAGGCUGCAGUUCGGUUUUGUCUUCGUAUACGACAGUUGUUCAGCUUGUGCAAUCAGACUGCUGUCCACAAACUUGGAACAAGUACAUUGGUGGUUGCCUUUGGUUGUGACGUUAGUUUGGAUCUGAGCAGCAGUAGGCGGAAACAUAAAUUCUGGCUUUUGGUCCCUCUGGAAGGAUUAGAAUCGUACGGUUGACAUCUGAAAAGAAGAAACUGAAUGGGUAAAGUGUCCCCUAAAGAGAAAAUGUCAAAGACAUCAAAGCAGAAGAGGCGUAAUCAUGGUUCUAACAAGUACUUGAAGCCAGGUGCUCUUGCUCAGCUCCGUAAUAGCAAGGCCUCAGCAUCAAAAUCAUCUACAGAUAUUUCAAAGAACAGUGUUGAUGUUAUGGAUGAAGAGAAGACUCACAGAGCUCCUCUUUUUCAGAGUAAACAUGCAAAUGAUACACCUAUAAUUUUAUCCCCUGAAAAGUUCAGAUAUAAUGUGGCUGGACCAGUUGAUUUGCUCAAAGAGAAUAAUUUACAAAGAACACCCAAAACUCCACGCCCUGAAGGAAAUGCAUCAGAUUAUGACUCCAGACUCGAAUCUCUCCCAAUGGAAUUGCUGGUCAAAAUACUCUGCCACUUGCACCAUGAUCAACUAAGAGCUGUUUUCCAUGUCUCUGAAAGAGUCAGAAAGGCUGUUGUUAUAGCUCGACAAUUCCAUUUCAACUACACAACACCAGAUAGAUCUAGACAAGAAAUGCUGUGCACAUCAACACCAUUACCUACUGAACAUUGGCCUUUUGUGAGCAAGGGAGAUGGAAAAGGCAAAGUUUUGACACUACCCAACACCCCAAAAGCACCUAGGCAUGGACCCCGCCCUCCAUCCCGCCUGAAACUAACUGAAAUGCGCCAAAUUGCAGCAGUUCUGUUUCAAGAAUCAGCAUUUCCUCCUCCUAGGUACAUUGUUCCAUCUCUUUUACCAAAACCAAUCUGCAAAUCAUUUGCUUCAAAUCGGGUAUUGUUCUAUGAUGAAGAGCUUGAGCUUUGCCAGGCUGUCGCUCAGAAUAAGCUUCGUUAGUCGGUCUUCUUCAUUUGUGGCCUUCUUUUAUGUACAGUAGUACCCCCCCCCCCCCCCCCCCCCAAAAAAAAAAAAAAAGAGGAACUUUUAGUCUUUGAUGUGUUCUUAGGUUCUUGCCACUAGUAGGUAGGUAGGAUAAGAUGGUGAAAUUUUGAAAGUCUAUUGGGGUUGUCAUCGGCUUGAUGAUGACCUUAAGAUUUGGGUGAGUGGUAGAAUACUAUGGUUGAUAAUAUGAAAUAAUGUGUUUGGUUUUAUGUUUUGUACAUAUUGUGAGGACAAUUUGCUUUUAGGAUGUUGGUUUGUUACUCUUUUUGGAUAAUAUUUCUAUAAUACUAUAGAGUUUUUGUGUUUGUGUU